AUGCAUCCCAGUGUGCCGAUGGGCGGCGUCCCGGGCGCGCACCAGGCGCACCCGCCGCCCCCGCCGCGCCACGGCCGCCCCCGGCUGUGCGACAGGCUGCCUCCGCCGCCCCCGCCGCCGCCCGUGCGCGCCGGACGCCUGGCGCCUCUCAACUGGGCUUCGGUGGCCUCGUGGUUCUUCCGCCCCGACUCUUCUGUCCUGCCCUGCACCACCACCACAACCACCACCACCACCAUCACCACCACCAUGACCCCAGCCACCAGGAACACCAACAACACCACCACCACCACCGCCGCGACGUCAGGGGCCACGAGGCUGAGCCCCGUCGACCACAGGCACUUCGCGGCGCUCGCGCCCGCCAUUUGCACGGCCAUCAGGUGCACGGUGCCGAGUUGUUCGUGCGAGUGCUUCACGCCGGGCAAGAUGAACAUCAGGUACUGCGAGACCUGUGGCCACAGCUGGGUACCUCACGCGCUCGACAAGCUGGGGUUCCGCCACCUGUUCGGCCAGAGCCCCGUGGAGCCGGUGCAGCCCAACGUGGCGUUCGACAUCGCCUCUCUCGUGCUGUACGGCUGCCAGGCGCUGCCCAUCCGCCUCAAGAUACUGCUGGACCGCCUCUUCUCCGUGCUGCAGCGCGACGAGGUGCUGCAGGUGCUGCACGGCUUCGGCUGGACGCACGAGGACUACGCGCGCGGGUACAUCCUCCAGGAGCCACAUGGAGGCGUGCUCGACCGGUGGAACAUAUGCAGCCCUGAGGAGGAGCCCUUGGUGCUGCAGCAGUUCCUGAGGUUCGGCGAGACGCGCGCGAUCACGCAGCAGCUGCUUCUCGCCCAGUCCGACCUCCCCGGCUCGUCGGCGCUGUCGCCCUCCGCCGCCGUGGACAGCAGGCUGCCGCCGCCCGCCGCCGCGCCGCCGCAGCUGCGGUCCGAGUCCGACAUCCGCAGGUUCAUCGAGAAGUCCGCGAGGCGCAUGCUCGCCCCUCCCCCCGCGACCACCUCGUCCUCGUCGAAGCAGGACCACGCCGCGGAGGUCAUGGCUCUGCAGCAGCAGUACCACGCGGUGCUGCAGCACCAGCACCAGAUGUCGCAGCGGGCGCACAAGGGCCGGCCCCUGCACUCGCCGACCAGGAGGUCGUCCCCUCCCGCCACGUCGCACGCCGCCACCGUCACCGUCUCCCACCACCACCACCACCAUCACCAGCCGCACCUCAACCCUCCCCAGCACAGCCUCCUCGCACCCGCCUCGCAGCACUCCUCCACACACGCGCCGUUGCCGCCGACGAGGCCGCAGCCCUCUACCCCGGCGUCCCCCCUGCAGAAGCACUCGCCCCUCAACUUCGGCAAGAUCCCCUCCGUCUCGCUCUCUUGCACCCCGACCUCGAAUGGCCCUUGCCGUUCCACCGCUUCCCCGCCGAGCAGCAUAAACAGCAGCCCGAUCAGCGUCUCGCCGCUAAACCGACUCCAGAGCAUGCAACCGUUCGAUUUCAGGAAGAUCGCCGGCGGGUUUCCUGCGCCCCUGCAACCUGUAGCCAGUCCUGACAUGCUGAAUUCUGCCCGCAGAAGAUUAUCCGAGAAUUCGGAUGCGAGCCCUCCCGGUCUCAUGAAUCUCUCCCUGACAAGUCCUACGUCUCUCUGCUUACCUCCUCCACCCCCUCCACCCCCACCUCCAUCAACUACUUCCUGUCCACCUGUGAGUUUCAGCCACUCUGCUGUGAUGGCAGCAGCAGUGUCUUCGGGUCCUCUUUCAGCUGCUAGUCUAGUGGCAUCUUCAUUGCCUGGCUUAAUUUCAUCAGUGGCACCCAUGGGAAGAAAGUCUCCUCAUAGUCUUGGUAUGGAAUACAUGGCUAAUGCUGGUGGAUGCAGCGAAUUCGGCUCUUCGGACGAUGAUGACGAUGAGAAUUCUCAUAGUGCUCUUAAUCUUAGCAGAGACUCUAGGCAGCAACAAUAUCAGCAACAGCAACAACAACAGCAGCAGCAACAUCAAACACAUCACUUGGGUCGACCGAGACAGCACCCAUCUCACCAUAUGCGAAAAGCAAUGACUCCUAUGAAACGUCAGUGGGGAUCUGGAGUAGAACUUCCCAUAAACCUUGGAACUCAGUUAAUAAACCCAGCUACUGGGAAAAAACGUGUACAAUGCAAUGUUUGUCUGAAAACAUUUUGUGAUAAAGGUGCACUGAAAAUUCAUUUUUCAGCUGUUCAUUUACGUGAAAUGCAUAAGUGUACUGUGGAAGGCUGUAAUAUGAUGUUUAGUUCUCGAAGAUCUAGAAAUCGCCAUAGUGCAAACCCAAAUCCUAAGCUCCACUCUCCACAUUUGCGAAGGAAAAUUUCUCCACAUGAUGGUCGCAGUGCGCAGUCACACCCUAUUCUAAUCCCACCCCCAGGGAGUCUCUCUCUAUCUGCCGCUGCAGCCGCUCUAAACCCUCUUUCAUUCGGACCAUUUCCUUUACUUACGCCACCACAAGAGCUUAGGCAUCAGGCUGCGGCAGCAGCAGCAGCUGCAGCAGCUGCAGCAGUUUCUUCCUCUGCAGAUCCAAAACAGAGCUUAGAUUUGAGCAUGCAUCGCUAUGAUGACCACCGACGACCAGAUACAAGCAAUACAACAUCUUCUGAAGAAACAGGCAUGCCUCAGAGUGUUGGAAGCCACAUGGACGAUGAUGAUGUAUACGAUGAUGAUGAUGAUGGCAUAAUAGUAGAUGGAGGGCUCGAUGACGACGAUGACAUAGUAGAUGAACAAGAAAGUACAAGUCCACUGACAGCUAAAGAUCUCACAGAAGGGGAGGGUGACUGUGGUUCCAGCAUAAAAAGGGCAAAACUUUCCGAAUCUGAUGUUGAUGAUGUAACAAGCAAUAUCGAAGACAGUAAUGAAGACUCGAUGAGCAUUGUUGACACUCAAAAUGCGAGAGAAGAAAAUGGCACUAUUUCACGAAAUGUUAGAAAGAGAAAGAAUCAAAAUCCCAUUAGAUGCGCACUUCCAGUACGUAUGGAUCAUGAAGAUCUAAUGACAGACGAAGAGUCCUCUGGCGAUGUUGUAUUUGCAGCUCCUACACCAGAAGAAUCAGCAAUUGAACUAACCACACAGCCAAAUGAAGAUGGCAAAUCUCACCAACAUGAAACAAAUUGUGAUAGUAAGCCAGACAUCAAGAUGGAAGCGUUGUCUAGCUCCCACGAGAAUGGAAAUAAUGGAACAAACACAGAGAGUAACAUAAAUGAAAACACUGUACAUGAACAAACGAUAAAUAAAAAAAACGACAUUGCUUUACCUCAAGAUGAGGUAAAGACAUUCAGUAAAUAUGAUUCAGAUAAGUGUGAUGAAAGUCAAAAAGCACACACUAAUAAUGAUGAAGAACAGAGUGGCAUUCUCAAUCCAUCAGAGGAGAUACAAACUUCUGAAGCAGAUAAGAAACAUGAAAUUACGCCCCUUAUAAAGCAAGAAGAUUUAAAAAUGGAAAAUGACAAAGAUGACAGUGAAAACGAGGAUGACACAGAAAAAAGAAAAUCACCUGUUUCUGAAGGAAGUGACGAAUCUCUUGACUCCUCAAAUGCAUUGAGACAGCUAGAAAGCUUAUCUCACGGUCAUUUCGGAGAAAUGAUGUUAUCUCGAAGUUUGUCGGCUAAUCGACAGGAUAAUUCGCCCUUACAUCAAUUUCAACAACUAAGUUUCAUGAUGGGAGGAGGACCGCCUAGUCCAGCGAGAUCUCAAACAUCUUCUGUCAGUUCUAAUGGACAAGACUCACUGUCAGAAGAUAAUGGACAUGCAGUCUUUCUUCACGAAUCUGGAUUCAUCGGAAGCAUGGAUGUACCAAUCGAUAGAGACAACCCAAGGAGAUGUACAGCUUGUGGAAAGAUUUUUCAAAACCAUUUCGGUGUAAAAACACAUUUCCAGAAUGUGCACCUGAAACUCAUGCACAGGUGCACGGUAGAUGGCUGCAAUGCAGCGUUUCCUUCAAAAAGAAGCCGGGACAGGCACAGCGCAAACUUGAACCUCCACAGGAAGUUGUUGUCGACGUCCUCGUCGGACAAAACCGGAGCAGGAUUGUUCCUGGACAAGUCGCCUUUCGCCUCUCUCGCGGCCAGUCCGCUCCACGGGGAGUUCCUCGCCCGCCUGUACGCCGAGUCGCAGUCGCUGCCGCUGAGCCUGGAGGCGUUCAAGAACCUCCCCCACGGCCUCCCGGCGGGGGCUCCCCCGGGCAGCCUGGCGGAGCAGAUGCUGCUGAACGGGGACCGGCUACCUCCGCCUCACCCGUCCCUGCUGCUGCCGCCGCUGGGACCGCUGGCCGGCUUCCCCGGCCUCGGCGGCUUCGUCGGCCACCUGGGCAGCUCCGUCGUCCCGCCGGGGAUGAACGGCGUGCAGGCGUGCGACGGCAAGGGCCGCUCCCCCAUGUCCAACUCGCCCAGGUCCCCCAUGUCGCCGGCGAGCGAGGCGCAGGCGGCGGCGGCCAACGCGCAGCUGCGCCUCGUGUACUGCCCCGAGGAGGACGACCCCACGCCCGACCACGAGGGCUGCCUGCCCUGCAGCUUCUGCCGGAGGACCUUCCCCGACGUGGGCGGCCUGAAGGAGCACUACGAGCGCGCGCACCUGGGCCAGAUGUACCGCUGCACCGUGCCCGGCUGCGAGAAGGUCUUCAGCUCCAAGGGCAGGCGCAACCUGCACAGCGACAACGAGGCCCUGCACGCGCGCGGCUUCCCGUGCUCCGAGACCAACAACAACAACACCAACAACAACAACAGCAGCAGCAACAGUUGUUCGUGACAUAUCGAUGGCUCUCUGUCCCGUGUGUACAAUCCAGUGGUACCGGUAUUGUGGUGAAAAAUGUGCUCCUCGUAUUUUCUCAGGCCAGUUGCAAAUAGCAUCGAUGAUAAUUUAACUAUGAACUAACUGUUUGAAACCAAGAUUUUGAGUUUAUCCUUUUGGUUUAAGAAAACAUGUGAUCCUAAAACCAACUUAAACUUACGUCCGUUAUUGGUUCACUCAAUAAACAUUUCAGAGAGAGAUGUUUGCAUUAGGGACAUUUAAUGCUUAAAAGAAUUAGUGGGCCCUAAAAUAAACAAGCGUAAAGUGAUUUAGAGUUAUAGAGUGUGUAUUUAUGACAUUCUGGAAAGUGAUCGUGUGAAUUCAGGCCAACACACCUAUUGGCAGCUACUUUAAAAUGAGAGGACAAUUUUAGACAAGGCGUUGAUGAAGAAGUGUUUGAGUGAAUUUAUGUUUAAAAUGAUGGUCUCCUUUUUUAAUUUAAGAUGUAUUUAAAAUCUGGUUGUAAAUUUUUUCAGUGUUCAAUAUCCGUAUGUAUAUUACCCACUGAAAUAAUGUUCAAAAUUAGUUACAAAGCUGUAAUUCGUAUGCAUUUAAAUAUUCAACUGGUACUACGUGAUAGAUUAGUGAUAAAUACUGUCUGUUGUAAAUGUUUCAAUUCGCUGGACUGACAUUCACAUAUUUAGUUCCUUAUUACAUACAUUUCACAACAAAAAAUAUCAUAAAAUGUCUUCUUUCUUUUAAUUUUAGUUAUUAAUUUGGUUUUAAAACAGGAUAAAAUACACAAGUAAAAUGUUACUUGUGAAAUGCUAGGGGAGGGUGUAAGAAAACAUAUUUAAAGAGCAUUUUAUUCUCAGCAAUAUCUGCAUUAAAAUAGGUAACAUUUUUAAAACCAAGCAACGUUUAUGAUUUCAUUAGUUGAUUUAAAAAUGACAUUUUCGAAGAAAGAAAAAAAGUUCAUUUUUCUGAUUACAACUGUUGAUUUACAAUGGUCUGAUUACUCCGGCAUUUUAUCCGCACUACCGUGCCAAGUUUGUGCAAUAAUAACGUGAAAUAACGCGUAUUUACUUUAAACGAAUUUAUUUAUUAUGGUUGUGCAGAAAAUAUUUACUUAUGGUUUAGUGCUGCGGCACGAUUUAUCGUUCUAUUCACUGCAGCUUACAUGUGUUAAUAUGCGUAAGACUUUGUACGUAAGAAACGUACAACCAAAUGAUCAAAAUGGAUGUAAAUAAGAGUUUUUGUUAUUAUUGUUCAAAUUAAGCAAAAAUACUCAGUGUUUUGUAAUUGUUUACAAAACUUUCAAAGUGAUUUUUUUUAAUAAUGUGUAUUCUGUGUUGUGAUAAAUACUUAGCUGUAUUUGUCGUGUCACCACUGCGUAAAGUAUUAUGUCAAAAUGAAAGAUUUUCUAAAAAAAAAUCCAACGGUAUACGAUUUAAAGAGUAGGUAAUGUCUAUAUUGCCAUGUGCAAAGUUGUAAUUAUUCAAAUAUUUGUAGUUUAAAUCACAAAAUCUUGAUUCAUUGUGCAAUUUAAGGUCAGGACAAACCUAAACAAUUUGAUUUUUCAUUAGGUAAAGCAGUCCGUAUAUUUUAGUUAAUGUUAUUGAAGUCCUAAAAGGUUCAGUGAUGUCUAUGAUGUUGACAGCAAGUAAUUUCUAUAUCAUAAAAAGUGUCAAGUUUAAAAUUUAAAUUUUAAAAUAAGUAUAUAAAUUGAUUACUUUAAAAGUAUAUUACAAAAAACUUGUUUUGUAUA